AUGAAAGCUUCCAAGGCAUGUCCGCGCCACCGAAGCCGGAGGAACACCGGCCAGCACUACUUGUACCAGGAGUCCCUGCUGCUCAGCAACCUGGAUGACAGCUUUAAUGCUGAGGAGGCAGGGGACAGCGCUGAUCCGGAACAGAUCUUCCAGAAUAUCCAGUUCCAGAAGGAUCUCAUGGCAAACCUUCGCUGCAGACCCUGGACCAUGGGCCAGAAGCUGGGAGCACUGAGGCGAGCGAAGGAGAUUGUGCUGAAGUUCGAAGGGCGGCUGACCAGGACCCGCGGCUACCAAGCAGCUGGUGCCGAGCUCUGGCGGAAGUUUGCACGUCUGGCCUGUAACUUCAUGGUCAUCUUCAUUCCCUGGGAAAUGAGGAUAAAGAAAAUUGAGAGUCAUUUUGGAUCUGGUGUUGCCUCCUACUUCAUAUUCCUCAGAUGGUUGUUUGGAAUUAAUAUUGUGCUGACGAUAAUGACAGGCGCUUUUAUUGUCAUUCCAGAGCUCAUCGCAGGCCAGCCCUUCGGAAGCACGGCCAGCAAGACCAUCCCCAAGGAGCACGUGGCGGCUGCACAGGACCUGGACACCGUCUGGUCCCUGGGGGGUUACCUGCAGUACUCCGUGCUCUUCUACGGCUACUACGGCAGGGAGCGAAGAAUCGGAAGGGCUGGUUACCGGCUGCCCUUGGCCUACUUCCUGGUGGGGAUGGCCGUGUUUGCUUACAGCUUCAUCAUCCUCUUGAGAAAGAUGGCUAAGAACUCCCGCACCAGCCUGGCCAGUGCCUCCAGUGAGGACUACACCUUCUGCUGGCGGGUGUUCUGUGCCUGGGAUUACCUCAUCGGCAACCCAGAGGCCGCCGAGAGCAAGACCGCGGCCGUCGUGAACAGCAUCAGGGAGGCAAUCCUGGAGGAGCAAGAAAAGAAGAAAAGCAAAAACCUGGCGGUGACCAUCUGCCUGAGGGUCGUUGCCAACAUCCUGGUGCUUCUCUCGCUCGCGGGGAGCAUCUACCUGAUCUACUUCGUGGUGGACCGGUCUCAGAAGCUGGAGCAGUCCAGGAAGGAGCUGACGCUCUGGGAGAAGAACGAGGUGAGCGUGGUGGUGUCCCUGGUCACCAUGCUGGCGCCAUCGGCCUUCGACCUCAUCGCCGCCCUGGAGAUGUACCACCCACGAACCACGCUGCGUUUCCAGCUGGCAAGGGUCCUGGUGUUAUACCUGGGGAACCUCUACAGCCUGAUCAUCGCGCUCCUGGACAAAGUCAACAGCAUGAGCCCCGAGGAAGCUGGCACCCCAAAUAACACGAGCCGCUGGACAGAUCUCAUCACCUUCUCUGCCACCAGGACGGCCCCUGAAGAAGAGACAUGGUCCACACCCGGGCCGGGGCUCCCGAGACACAGCACGUGGGCCCUGGAAGAGACCAGCAUUCCAGCUCCCACCUUGCCCUUCUCCGAGGCCAACAAGACCAGCGUCUACACCCAGCGUCCGCAAGACCAGUGCUGGGAGACCUACGUCGGGCAGGAGAUGCUGAAGCUCUCCAUCAUCGACAUGCUGUUCACCGUGGCCAGCACACUGCUCAUAGACUUCUUCCGAGGACUCUUCGUCCGGCACUUGAGCGACUACUGGUGUUGGGACCUGGAAAGCAAGUUUCCUGAAUACGGGGAAUUCAAAAUAGCCGAGAACGUGUUACAUUUAGUCUACAACCAGGGAAUGAUCUGGAUGGGGGCCUUCUUCUCCCCCUGCCUCCCGGCGUUCAACGUCCUCAAGCUGAUCGGCCUCAUGUACCUGCGGAGCUGGGCUGUGCUGACCUGCAACGUGCCGCACCAGCAAGUGUUCCGGGCCUCCAGAUCCAACAACUUCUACCUGGCGAUGCUCCUGUUCAUGCUCUUCCUCUGCAUGUUGCCGACCGUCUUUGCGAUCGUGCGCUACAAGCCGUCCCUGAGCUGCGGGCCCUUCAGCGGACAGGAGAAAAUGUACGACAUCGUGUCAGAAACGAUCGAGGACUUCCCCGCGUGGUUUGGCUCCGUGGUGGGCUAUGUCAGCAGUCCUGUGGUUAUCUUGUCCGCCGUGCUCCUGCUUUUCAUGCUCAUCUACUACCUCCAGAGCAUCGCAAGGUCCUUAAAACUCAGCAACCAGCAGCUCCGAAUGCAGAUCCAAAACGCCAGAUCUGAAGAUAAGAAGAAGGUUGCCCAAAUGGUAGAAGCCCGGAUCCAAACCCAAGAGGAAAGCAUCAGGAGGCUUCCAAAGGAGAGUGACCUCAGCCUCCAGCUGUCCUCGGCUCACUCGGUGACGCCCCAAAGCAACGGCAUCCUGGUCAACGCAGGCUCCUCCAGCAGCAAGAGUGGCAGGAUGGAGACCGGCACCCCGGGCACACCCCCGAGUCCCCGGCCAGGCCUCAGGAGCCCCAGCUCGCCUCUUCCUGGCACCUUCAAGCCCAGGCCGGAGCAGGACCCUAACAGGUGUCUGUGUGGUCAGAGUGCGAGGGCAGGUGACCGGCGCAAGAACAGGUCCUACUCCCCGGGGACGCGGGCGAAGCACACGGAAGAUGUCUACUCACAGCCCCUUUGCCGAAGAGACUUCCAGCAGAUCGACCCCCCUCUUUGUGGAGUGGGGCUCUCGGCCGCCAUGCCGCGUGAUCCCAGAUCCCGUGCCCCCAGAUACUACAUUGUUAAUGAACGAGACUCUCGCCAAAAAACCCAUCCCACUUUCUGGCCAGAGAGACGUUUCAGGAUGGAAGCCUCAGGGGACAUCGUGGCGAUGUGCCCCAGGACCCCGCGACCAGGUGUGUCCUGGGCCCACCAGCAGGGGCCCUCUCCGCAGCUGAGCGAAGAAGAGGAGGGUGUCCUGAGGAGGGAGCUGGUCCAUCGGUCUCUCCACCCCCUGUCCCUAAGAAGCCUCCAAGGCGCUCCUCAUUUUUAUGUCGGUGACAGGUCAGAAGGUCAGAGCCCGGCUCCUGAGCGCCAGGGAAGGCCGCACUUCAGGUCCCUGGAUGAUGGCUUUGGGGCUCCACUCGACAGGCCCGUGGCUGGGCACAAGAAGCUGCGCUCCCGCAAUCUCCAGUCCACACAGCACCCCGCGAUGGUCAGGGGCAAGCCCGAGGUUGAGCCAUCCCUCUCCGAAUCCGAUUCCAUGUCGGCGGCGUCCAGCAGCGACCAGCAGACCAGCGGCAAUGACCGGCACCUCCAGAUCGCCCCCGGCCAGCCCAGAUUCCCCAGGUCCGUGAGCCCGCCGGGCGGGAGGAAGGCCGUCUCUAGGCAGGAGCUGAUCGUGGAUCUGAAUGACUUGAUUUAUUCCAACGUCUAGGGGCGUCUUCUGGUGUCGCGGUCAUAGCACGGGAGCCCUUCCAGACCGCCCGCGUGGUCUGACACCAUGUGCUCCCAGGCCUUCUGGAAGGAGACGCAAACACACAGCCCCGAGACAGGACCACAGCUCCCCCUUCUCCAGCAAGUGCCUGCCAGGGAGCUGUGUCCGGCGGGUUCUUUGUGACCAGUGCCUCUGGAACACGAGGCUGUCCUUUCUAAAACAUCCGUCCCCUUCCUCCAUUCCGGGUGACCACAAAUCACAGGCAAGCCGGACCGCUCAUGAAAACGGAUGGCAGGGCCCCUUCUGAGAUGUCCGCACCCACCUUUAUCCCAGGUGUGCUUUGUUUGGACCAUCCUGCCUGAGACUCAGUCCUCCCCAGUAAGCACCCGGGACCCAAGUGCCCGCCCUUCAAGGUCUCACAGGGCUUCGUUAGUUCCCACGGAUAAUCGGUUUGGGGGAUGACAGCAGUAACUAAAACUGGGGAGCUGCUUAUACUGGCUACGUGCACGUCGUGUUAAUGAGUCAGGACAGUCGGAUCCCUGAGGUUUACUAGUUCCUUGAACUGGGAAGGACGGGAUUCAAGCUGGUUUCAGGCUUGGCUGGACCUGGGGGUCCAACGCCUUCAGGAUCCUCUGUCUUCCCCUGUCAGCUCUCCUCGUCUGCUGCCCUCAGACUUCCUCCGGGAGGGAGGAGGAAGAGGAAUGCAUAGCUGCAGAGAACGGCAGGUCUAUGCCACGCAGCCGACGAGCCCGGGGAAGAGCGGAGGGGUCCCGCCUCACCUGGCGCAGUCUUCACCCGUCAUGGCUGGAGCCCCUCCCGCCGGCGCUGGGCAGGGUUCUGCAGGAGCGUGGGAGGGUCUGCCGCGGUCAACCGAAGGGCACCCCCUUAUUCCCAUCUCCAGGAUCCCUCUUCCUGCUGUAAACUGUGUCUUUCCCGUUUUCUCUCCUCCACCAGCCCGAGCGCUUGCGGAACAAAGUGCCGUUUGUUCCUUUCUGCGUCCCCAGCAAGCGACACAUAAUGCGUAUUGUCAGUUUCUACGGCGGCGCCGUGGCUUAGAGCAACGCACAUUAUCAUCUAGCACUUCGUGUGGGUGGAGGGUGGACCCAGCCCGGCAGGGUGCUCUGCUUGGGGUCUGCUGUCACCUGGCAUCUCCUCUGAGGCGACGGGUACCCUUGGGAGCAGUGCAUGGGCUUGUUGGCAGAUUUCAUAUGCCUGGGGCUGUGGAGGCCUUAUGCUUCCCUGCUCCGUGGCCCGUCCCCAGCACGGCUGCCUGCCCCUUCAAGGCCAGCAAGAGAAGGCCCUCAGCUAUGACUCUCCUUUUCUGGGGAAAUCCUGGACAGGCUUAUAACAGACCCCACCUGAUCAGGUCAGGCCCACCCAGGAUAAUCUCCCUUUCCGUUACUUCAAAGUUCCCUGGUCAGAGACCUUAAUGACAUCUUCCCAAAUCAGUUCAUCUGGACCACAUAAGAGAACCAGUCGGGACUGAAAUCUCAUCUCAUUGGCCGGGGCCAGCACGCUCAGAGGGUGGGUCCACGGGAAAGGUACGUCAGGGAGCAGGAAUCCUGGGGGCCGUGUGGAAGCCCUGCCUAACCAGAUACCUGUGGAAUGUCGCCGGGUGGGUGAAUAAAUGAACGAGCUACACUACGAGCCAAUCGCAGAUGACGGCGUGAUAGGAUUCCAGUCCAAGAUCUGCUGCCAGUUCUGACCAGAAAGGAAAGUUCUAUGCAAAUAACACCUCUCCGAAAGCAGACACACGCGAAUGUUCCUCCUCCAAAUUCGUGACAAGGUACGCACCUAUUUUUAACAUAUGUUGGGAGGUCGCCGUCAGUCCGCUCCGGAACAAAUGUUCUGCAAUGCCACGGGAACACAUGCUUGUGAGAAGGGCACCCACUGCAGGGGACGUGCGUCCCCUCUGCUGAGCGCUUGGUCUGGGGCUGGGGCUCGGGGCUUCCAGGGACACCAAGACACACGUUGGAGAGGCUGGUGCUCCCGCUGGGGACCUGCCAUAGCUGCUGUGUCUGUGAAGGUGGGAAGGUGCUCCGCCAGGACGAGAGAACCGGCAGGCUCUGCGUCAUAACAGAGGACACAUGGGCAUCGCCAACACACACCCACGGCCGCAGGUGUGGGUAGCACCUUUCCCUGCACAACGUAGCUCACCUGCGUGCCCGCACUCAGCAUUGGGCUCCGUCUUAGAGAAAUUUAAAAGACGCAGAAUAGUACCAAGCCGGGUGUGACAAGCACCCCCCUUCCUACAGUGUCAGCAGCCGCUGUGAUUUCACGUCCUCUCCACCUGGUCCCUUUAUUAUGAUUAAUAAGAAAAUAUUACAGAUAUAAUCAAAGUACACAAAAUCCCCACACACAGAUCCACGCCCCUCCUACUGCCAAGAAUUCCAUGUAUGUCCAUUAAAUUGUUUAGACUUAUAUAAGCUGCGUGCCUGUAUGAAAUAAAUGUCUAAAUAAAUGUCUAAGUGUCUAAAUAAAUAUCCAUAAAUAAUGUGCAA